AUGGCGAGUGGCAAAAUGGAAGCUUUACUGAAUUUGCUUCUGGAGGUGCCUUUGGAUGACGAUGGCUUAGUUAGCCAGACAGUGUUUAACUCUCUGCAGGAGCUGGGGCGUGUGGAUACGGAGGGUGUCCUGACGUUCCUUCGUAGGUACAUCACCCACCACCACCACCUGCCACUGGCACGUCGCACUGCUUUGCUGAAGGCGAUGGUGCAGAUGGUGAAGGACAACAUCAAUAACUUGGGCAGGGCGGUCGCUAAAAAACUUAUUACCUUGGCUUCCGUAGAAAUGACCAAACAUAAGGAUGUGACUGAUGAGCACCAGGAGGUUGCAACCCGGCUCCUUCUUAAUGUGGGCCUUUGGUUUACUAAGGAGACAUAUGAUGAACUUCUUUCAUUGUUUCAGCCAAAGAUGGACCCCCUUUUCUUUGUGGUGCUGGCGUUAGCUAAUCUUUGCAAAGAGCACGUACAUUUCAUGGUCCCUUUACUGAGACCCGUUCUCCGAACCAUGGUCACCCUGCUUCCUGCAGUGACGGAGGCGAAAUCCAAGUGGGUAUUCUGCUUUGCCUUGGGAAUUUUCAGUGAAAGCAUUCUUGCAUACUUGUAUGAUAUAGACGAAGCCCCAGACCCUACAGUGAAGAAGAAUCUAUUUUUCCUGGAGUUUUCCACUGCUUAUGACACCUUGUUCAAUACAUGGCUGCCUUUGAAUGGAGAGAACGUCAGCACAGCAGUGGUCGAGACGUUAGGGCAGAUUACCCACCUCGUCCCCUUUGACAAACUGGAGAACGAACUGCCGAGGUUAAUUCCCACAAUCCUGGCCUUGUACCAGGGAACCUCCAGCGACUUUUGCAUCACCCAGGGUCUGUAUGGUGUUCUGCACACGGCUGUUGAGAGAAACAGUGAAGAGCUGGCUUUGCAAAUCGACAGCUUGCUCAACAGUCUACACAAACAGAUCUGCAUUGCACUGUGGCAGCCCAGUGAUGUAUAUGUUCAGAAGCAGCGAAAAGAAAUCCUUUGCUGCUUCAAACUUCUGACUCCAGCUUUCACCUCUCAUAUCAUAGAAUUCCUGCUGCUGAAACUGGAAAUCAACAACAGCCAAAUCCGGCUGGGAACAUUGACUGUCCUGGACCACCUGAUCAACAUGGUUCCUCUCUACAUGGCCAGUCAGAAGAUUCAGAUUCUGGCUGGUACCAAGUUAUUGGUGCUGGAUACCAACAACAGGGUGAAGGCAAAACUCAGCCAAGUCAUACACACGAUGGCCACACACAAUUAUCUGCAUUUGGAUGGUGGGAAGGACAUGGUGGAGUUCAUCAUCCGGCAGUGUGCUCUACCUGUUACAGAGAAUGAGGAGAAGUCGGCGGACCCCUUAGCUGAGAUAGCAGAUGUGGUCACGGACCAGAACUUAAGGAGGCAAUGUGAGCAACUGAUGGAAAUGUUGACGGCGUUACCCAUUGACAAUGUUCUCUGGCCAUUGCUCUUUGACUUCAUUAUCCCAGUUCGGUGCACAAACGCCUUGGCAACAAUUUGCAACUCUUUGGUGCUUCUUGCAAUGAAGAAAGUAGAAGCUGAGCCCACUGAAUAUUUUCUCAAUUACAAGGAGCAUUCUAACAUCCCUGGGCCUCAGGCACUGUUGACCAGGCUCCUGACUAUGUCCUCCUCUUUGCAUCAGGGGAAAAACAGAUGCAUCCCUGCAUUAACUCUGCUACAAGUCCUGGGCACUGAUAUCCACCCGGCAACGCCUCAGGUCUGGGAGAAGGAAUUUCUGACCCUGCUUGACUAUCUGCAGGAGAAUUACUCAAGAUCUCUGCUGCAGAGCCAGUGGGAAGAAAAACUGGUGAAGGUUCUGCUGCAAACGCUGGAAUUGACGGCAGAUGAGGAGUGGGCCAGUCAAUUUGCCACGGAGCUCGUCAGCCACCUUCACAGACACAGCAACGUCUCACAGGAGAAGGGGUUUGUGUACAAGUGUCUAGGUGUGGUGCUGCAACUUAGCCAGGAUGAAGAAUUAGUGAAGAGGAAACUUCAAGAGAUGUUGCAGACUGUGCAACAUGGCGAAUCUCUGGAGAAGGAAGGUGUAGCCAUUGGGUUUGGUUACUGUGCUGUAACCCAUCUGGACACCGCACUGACUACGCUGAAGGAAUUUGCAAAGUUAAAUAUUUUUAAGAAGACUGCAAGUUAUUUUCAGAUUAUAAAGGAUCAGGAGAACAUUGAGGCAAUCAAGGUAAAAAGCACACUCAUUUUAUGCUAUGGGCAUAUCAUGUCAUUUUCUCCGAAGGAACUCACUCUGGACAGGGUAGAUACUGAGAUUAUGGAGAACGUGCUUAACCAUUACAAUAUCAAGAUCUUGGGAAUGAAGGUUGAGGUAAGGGACCUGACGCUGAAGUUAAGCCUGAUCAAGACUGUGACACAGUCAGUCACAGCCAUCCAAUCCAUUGCAAAGCCUGACUACAACUUCAGCAGAAAGACUGAGCUGUUACAUUAUAUGCAAGAACUCAUCAAGGCUGAGCCAACAGAGGUGAUGAUGACCCCUGUCCGAAAGUCUGCCAUCAAUGCCUGUACAUCCCUCUUAAAACUGCAGCCCCCGUUAAAGGACAGUAGACAAUUGAUUCAAACAUGCUUGAAUGGUGUCUUCAGUUUGCCACGAAUAGAGGUUAAUGCUGUCAGUGAACACCCAACCAUAACUACGGAGGAGAGGCAGGUGCUUGUUACUGAGACAAUGACCUCCCUGCUGGAUUUUCUGAAGGAACUCCUCCUUUUGGAUCUUUCAGGUACUGGGCUUCAGACAAUAUUUACAAACAUGGAAGUGUGGAUCCAGUCGGCUAAGGAGCACACACGAGAAAUGGCAAUUGAGACUUUCUUGCAGCUUCUGGUGUUUUACCUGGAACAAGUCGACAUCAAAGAUAAUGUUCCAUCUCAUAAUUUGGGUGUUAUUAUUGGGUGCAUGGUGCUUCGAUGCACAGAUCCUUCUUGCAUUGUAAGGGAGAUGGCCAUUGAAUGUUUAUACAUACUUCUUUAUAUCCAAUUGCCUGCAAAUCAGCAAGACACAGAGGUAGAGCACCUAAAAAACAUUAAGCAGGAGCUUUAUCAACUCAACCAGAGUUCCAUAUUUCAAAUUUGCACUGAUAUAGGAAAUGUCCUCUCAAAGUGCAUGGCUCAGGACCAGCUGAAAAGUUUACUCUUCACCUUGUUCAAUGGACUCACAGAUAACCAAUACAAUGGUUCCUAUUCCGCCUCGAUCAUCAUCAAUGUCCUCAUUUCGAAAUGCGGAGACAGCCUCACUGAUGUCCCAGAAAUGAUCAAAGCCCUACACCAUCAGUUGCAGUCAAUGGUUCAAGCACCCAUAGUCCAGAUAGUGACAUGUACCAUCUCCGAUCUGGUGUCCCAGCAUAUGCCAGUGACACUACCCUGCCUCUUAAGUUAUCCCAUUCCAUUCGAUAACUACAUUGGUGAUCUGUGGAGAUCACUAAUGAAAACCAAUUCAGUUGCCACUGCCUCCAUUAAAUACCUACUGGACAACUUAAAGCUGCUGUAUGAAAGCAGCAAGGAAUCUCUUCUAGGCAUUGCAUCAAAUUCCCAGACUCAUCAGCCUCUGGCUGUAAUCUAUGCCCUUCAUGAGGUAAUAUGCUCCCAGGAUUCAAUAGCCAUGAUAGGGAGUCUCUAUCCCCAGCUCUUUAGCACAGUCCUGAUUCACCUGAGUUCCAGUGUCCAGCCCCGGUUUCCUCGAGACUUCCUUAGGAUCCAUUCGGAUAGGAAAGCUGGACCACCCCAGAAGCCCUUUAACGUUACGGCCUGCCACUAUUCAGUGGAGAUACUUCAGUUUAUGGUGAGGCAGGGAGAGGGCAGCGACGUGGACAUGACGAAGAACGAAGGCUGGGAUUUGCUCAAGAGGCCAGAGGUGCACCAUCAGGGGGUUGCCCUGCUGGCAGGCGCCAUGGCCAAUCGAGCUGUGCCCCACCUCAUCGGAAUUGUGGAGCAACUCACCCCUGUCCUCACCAACAUCCACGAGAGCCAGAGGAUCACAGUGGCUGCCUUCUUUGGGGAGCUUCUCGGCCAGGCAGUGGUGUCAGAGAUGCUGCUCACCGAUACACUGGUGAGUAUCCUGCUUCGGUGUUUGCUUGACAGCUCUCCUGUGGUCCAGUGGUUGGCUAUCAAGGGCCUGGGCAAUGCCGGAACUUGGAAUGACGGGGAUAAAUAUGCCAGCAAGCUGCUGCCUACAAUGCUGUCGCUCAUGGACAUGAACUCCAAGCAGAACACUCUGCUGGCAUACGAGGCAAUGUCCACCCUAUCAAAGACCUUGGACCGCCUGCCCCGCCAUUACACCGAGCCAAUCCUGACCGAUGUAGCAUUAGGCAUUGAACCUCUACUUGAACACAGGCAGGAUAAGGUGAGAGCUACGGCAUUCACUACCCUAUGGAAGCUGCUCCAGUUUCGGGACAUGCAACGGGACCCGAUCUUUUUGGAGCACCUGUGUUCCACCUUGAUCUACUUGCUGCUUCACUUGAAGGACAGGAAUGACGAGGUGAGGAGAGUCUGCAGGGUGGUUCUGAAACAACUCGGGCCACUGUUGGCAUCAGAGCGCUUGUGUGCACUGUUUGAGGAGCUGGGGUCAGAGGAAAUGCCCCUGGAUUAUGAUAAUUAUUUGACUGCAGCCUCCCUGUAUAUUGGAGAAGAUUUGCCCAGCGAGGUCAUCCACUACAUACAACACUGCGCUCUCUUCUUCAGCAGCCCCCAGACUGAGAUGCGGGAGAACGCAGUCACAUUGGCAAGUUGCCUCAUGCCCAAUGCGGCACUGGAUUAUCCCAGGUCACCAGCCGCAAAUCAGGUCUGCCAAGCGAUGAUCACUUUGCUGUCGGAUCAUGUGCAAAGUGUCCGUGUUAAAACGGUCAUGGCAAUACAACGCCUCUACAUGUACUGA